UUUCUCUGUAAUUGUGGAGUGAGCCUCAAGGAAGCUUUCCUCUCUGGGGACUUUAGAAUAAAUCAAUGGAGGUUCAAGAACAAGAUACCCGGAAAAAGCGAGCCAAGUUCUCUCCCAUUUUCAUACUCAUUGUUUUUCUUGGUCUCGCCGCGUUUUUCCUUUGUCUCGCGUCUGAGUUUCAGAAGGCCAAGGGGCAAGAUCUGAAAUGGGAUGGAGAAUCAUGUUAUCUACCCGAAAGUCAUGCGUUCAGGUUUGGAACCGCGGCUCUAGUCUGUGUUUCGGUUGCUCAGAUCAUCGGAAAUGUUGUGAUUUGUAAAGGUUUCUUUAAAACAAACAAAAAGGAAAUGACCCCGUUUCAUGUAUUGCUUCUGUUGUUUUCUUGGGUUAAUUUUGCGGUUGCGGCUAUGUUGAUUAUCGUUGGUGCAAGCAUAAACAGAGAGCAGAAAUACGGCAAGGGGUGGCUAAACGGUGAGUGUUACCUUGUGAAAGACGGUCUGUUCGCAUCAUCCGGCGUUCUGUGCGUUACAGCACUGAGUGCAGUUCUCGGAACGUUUGCGUCCAACGUCAAACCAUCGUUACAGGUUGACACUCAAAACAAAAUUCAUAGCCACAAUGUGUAGCAAUUCUCUUUUUUUGUUCCCUUAUAAUCUUGAGAGUUAACUUGAAAACAAAGAUAUUCGAUCAGAUAUGACAGUACGGUACCUUGAUCAUAGAUUUUCACUAGAUUGGUUGUUUAUUUCUUAUUUUUGGUAAAACACUAGAUUGGUUGUUAAAGUGUUACAUAUGAAUUUUAUGUGUCAAUUAUUGAUUAUUUACGUUUUUGCGUUUAUGAACGGUGUUUAUAUACUCAUAGUAUUUUAAUGUAUACUUGUAUACAUAUAUAUAACUAAAAGAUGUAGUUCAAACAUUUUAAUCCGUAUUUACGUUUAAAUUG